AUGUAUGCACAGUCCCAGGAUGAUAGUGCUCUGGACAGCACGGCUGAAGAAGCGCAGCAGGCCCCUCCAAAUUUGGCGCAGCUUUUGCGUGCCCGCAUCCGGGGCGCGCAUGGCAACGCUUAUACAAUCGAAUAUCGCCCUGCUCGCAACCAACGCAAAGGCCCGCAUGGCCAAGGCACUGUAUCGCCGGCGAGCGCUGCGGGCUUUGGCGAGCGUGUGUCUCAGGCGCGUUUGGCAGAGCUGUCCCUUCCUCCCAUCCCUCACCUCGAGACGGUGGUUGAGGACCCGGCCGGAUCGGCAAUCCAGCUGCUGCGCCUGCUCUACAUCCUCAACGUCAAUCGCUCGCAUCUGCUGGACAAUCUGCCGACCUCAUGCGCAGGGGCGGAGGUGCUAAAUGAUUCGGCAUUUGUCAACCACAUGUUGUCCACCAAGCUAUUGCGCGAGGUGUCCAACUUUUCUGCCAUCAGCAAGGCGAGCUUUCAGGCCUGGUGCACUGCCUUGGUACAGCUGUGCCCGUGUCUGGUCCCCUUUGCCCAACGCAUGCGCUACUUCCGUUACACAGCCUUUGGUGCCGCGCGUGCCAUGCAAUUUUACCGAACUGAGAUGCAGGGCAGCAAUGCCAGCGCUAGCGCCAACAACGGUGCUGGUGGCAGCGAGUUUCGACUCACCCGCACCAAGGUCAGCGUUCCUCGCGACGGCAUCUUGGAGGCUGCUCACCAGGUGCUUUUCAAAUUUGGCGAAUUGCGGACUGUUCUUGAGGUUCAGUUUACCGACGAGGUGGGAACCGGUCUGGGGCCCACACUCGAGUUUUAUGCGCUUGCUUCACGAGAACUGCAACGUGCGGAUCUGGCCCUGUGGCGAGGCGAGGCCGGGGAAGGUGCAGAGUAUGUCCAUCCAACGACCGGCCUGUAUCCCCGCCCCACUUUCAAACCGAAUCGUCGCACGCUGGUGCUUUUCGAAACAAUGGGCCUUCUCGUGGCCAAGGCCGUGCAAGAUGAGCGCGUUGUGGACCUGCCCUUGAAUCCGCUCUGGUUUCGAUGGCUUCUCCCCGGCCCCACCCCGGGAACUCUAGCCGACCUUCGCUUGCUGGAUGAAUCUCUCCACCACAGCCUGGAGCAAAUGUCUAUUUUGGCAGACCGCUGGGCGGAAGCUCAGCGCACACAUGCUGGCGAUGCAAAAGGCUUGGCCCAAGCCGCCCAGGCACUCAACUUUCAGGGCGCGGCUAUUGAGGACCUUGGAUUGACAUUUGUGCUUCCUGGUUAUGAUGUUGAGCUCAAGUCGGGUGGUGCUUCUAUGGAUGUGACGUUGGAGAACUUGGCUGAAUAUGUUAAACUCGUCUUGGACUGGAGUCUGCGCCGCGGCGUGCAAAAGCAAAUGCAAGCGUUCUUACGUGGUUUUGAUCGUGUUGUGCCCCGCGAACACCUCGCCAUUUUUAAUGCCAGCGAGGUGGCGGAGCUCAUCGGUGGCCACAAUAACCUGCCCUGGGGCAUCGAGGACUUGCGUGCGGCCCUCAAGACAAAUUACGGCUACACCAUGGACUCACCUCAGGUCGCACAGCUUCUCGAAAUCUUGGCCAGUUUUGGCCAGGAGGAACGUCGGGCUUUUGUACAAUUUCUGACUGGCAGCCCCAAUCUUCCGGUCGGAGGAUUUGCCAGCUUGCAACCGCCGUUGACUGUGGUGCGCAAGGACCCUGAGGGUGCUGCCGAUGCCGUCUUGCCGUCUGUCAUGACUUGCCAAAACUAUCUCAAAUUGCCGCCGUACAGCGGUCUGGAGGUCAUGCGCGACCGCUUGCGGUUUGCCAUGUUUGAGGGUCAAGGCUCAUUUGACUUGUCGUAG